AAAUGACUGGGGGAAGUAAAGAGCUUUGUUUUGUUAGAGCUUUUUUGGAAAAGUGAAACUUACACCUGAGGGGAUGAUCUUGGCCAGGGUCUCUUUUCAAGCUACCAGUCUUCCUGCAUUUUCCAGCCAAUAGGAGGAGCUCCAGACCAGUUUUCUCUCAUCCUCAGUCUUAAGACCAUUUUCACUGCAAUUCUCUAACGAGGAACUCAGCAGGUGGCCAUGAGAACCCAACAUAAAAGGUGUUGAAUGCAACUUCCCUGUUACUCCAGAAUUGUGGUUAAGUUCAAAGGUGAAGACAAGGGUCAGAAUAUGACAAAUCUGGAGUUAUACCUGAGGAGGUAACUGCUGCUGGAUAACAGUAAAGAGGUGUGUUUCACCAUGGAAGAUUCAAGCCCAUCUAGCAGUGUUGAUGUGGACAAGGGCUUUGCCAUUGCCUUUGUUGUUCUUCUGUUUCUAUUCCUGAUAGUGAUGAUUUUUCGUUGUGCCAAGUUGGUGAAGAAUCCCUACGAGGCAAGCUCCACAACCACAGAAUCAUCUCUGAGCUGAAGUAUGAUAAAACUUGGGAGACUCCCCCUCAUUAGAGAUUUGAAAUAUUUUAUAUAGACUUUAUGAUCCAGACCUUAUAUUAUCUCACCUCUCCAUUUCUCAGUCUUCUCACUCUUGCAUUCCACAAUGGGCAUACAGAGUGAGUUGAGAAUAAUAAAAAGAGAUGAAACACAAGCCAGUUUAUAUUGUUCCUCUUCAGGAAAAUGAUUACUAAAGUGGAACAGAAACUGGUUGAAUGUAUUGGCUAGAAUAAGGCUAUUGGCUUCAGUUGUCUAGGCUUUAAUGUCCUAGGCAGGGUGGGAUGGCACAUGUCUGUAAUCCCAGCAAUUUGGGAGGCUAAGGCAGGAAGAUCAAGACUAGCCUCAGCAACUUAGCGAGGCCCUAAAGAACUUAGUGAGAUCCUGGCUCAAAAUAAAAAGGAUU